UAAAUAGUGAAAAUAUCCAGGCGGCUUCUUUGGUUGCCUAACACAAGCGGUAUUUCAAACAAACAAGAUGGCCUGUACGAAAACUAAGCGUAGAGCUCGUACUCGCACUCAGCGGUUCACUUCAAAUGUCUUUUCCAUGUUUAAUGAAGCUCAAAUCAGCGAAUUCAAGACCUUAGAAAAUUAUUCAUUUUGUUGGUAAAAAUCAGGUACAGGCCUAUAUCGUAAACAUCUAUUAUAUCAACAGGGUCUACUUUUGAAAACACAUACGAACAUGCGGCUUUCAUCACUUCCUCAUCUAAAAGCCCGCGAUUAAAAACUAUGUUGUUCAUUCAUGAGUCUCCGCAAUAAUCUUUUCCUCUCACUGCCAGCAGGAAUAUAGAUAUGUCAUCGAAGGUUUAUAAAUAGUACGUUCCCGGAUUCAGGGUCUUUAUAAGUUGAUUCUGUAAAUCCCCACCAGUCUGCUGAGUUUUGAACAAAUACAUUGUUUUAUAGUCCAUAGGAUGUGAGACGUAAAGUGUAGACGAAAUUGUUUCGAAGUCUGCGAAUUUGACCAUGGCAACUUUUGUCUUACCUUUAGCUAAAUUGUCCAAAUACAUAGUAGUGUUUAUUGCAGACUAUUACAGCUCUAUUUUUGAUCAUUUGGGUUUAUUAUUAGUUAAGAUAACUCCUUAUUUAAGCUGAGGAGAUAUUUUUGAGAAGUUUACUGGAAGUUCGUGCUUUGAUUUGAGUUUAACAGAGACUGUUAGCAGGUUACGAUUCUACACAAAUGUACCUCGGCGUUAGCUGCCAUACUUCGUGUAAGUAGAUAGGAAGUUAUUUAGCAAAUUGUGGGGAGAUCUAAACGAAGGAAGUGUAGUCCUACAGAAAUAAAGAAAAAUCUCUGUUGAAGAAAAGACGAUAUUGGGACAUAAUUUAAAGCAAGAAUAAUAUCGUAUGUAUCAUCAUCACUACCACGACUUUUCAGCCGUCAUUAAAAGUCCUUAACCGUAAAUUACUGCUACCAAAAACCACAUCUCUAUACAGGCCAGCCCAACUGUCGAUAACUUCAUGGACUGGUGUUAGAUUAAAGAGGACUACGACAGCCUAACCAUAGUACUCCAAACCAAUACCAAAGGUUCCACAUGGUUGUCGUUUACAAAAGUUUUAAGAUAUUUCUGUCAGUAUAUAACUACAAAAGUUCUUUAGAAGCUUUUGAACUACUGUCUGUAUUAUUUAGUGUACUAUCGUUCAUCGUUUCAAUCUUUUAAACAGGAAGCGUUCCUAAUGAUUGAUUCAACCAAAGAUGGUGUCAUUGAUAAGCAUGACUUAGAAGAUAUUUUCAUCUCUUUGGGAAAAUCGCCAAACGACGAGUACUUAAACGAUAUGCUUUCACAAGCACCCGGUCAAAUAAAUUUCACAAUGUUUUUAACAUUAUUUGGUGAGAAAAUGAUGGGGUGUGAUCCGGAAGAAACGAUUUUAAAUGCUUUUGCUUGUUUUGAUCCUGAGGGGACAGGUGUAAUAAGUGAGAAACGUUUACGUGAAUUAAUGACUACAAUGGGGGAUAGAUGGUCUAAUGAGAAAGUUGAUGAAUUAUUCCAUGGUGCACCGAUUCAAGAUGGGAAUUUUGAUUAUAAAGAAUUUACACGAAUGAUUAUGCAUGGUCAAGAAGAAGAAGAAGGUCAAACAAACCAAACAUAAUUUUAUUAUCAACUGACAGCAAAUUGAAUUUUAUACUCAUCACACUUUCUAACUUUUAAAAAUAUAUACACACGUAUACAUUCAUUUUUGCUAAUCUCUUGUAUUUCUUUUUUUUUACAUUCCAUUUCUACUCUACUCAUUGCUUGCUACUAUUUGUGCCUUAACGCAAAACACCAAGAAAUAUAUCUUUGAAUGCAUAAAAGCUUUUCUUUUAAAUGAAUUACAUAACCUUAAGUGAUUUUACAGAUUACCUUUUAAUGUGAACGCAAGUACUUUUGUCGCC